AUGGCUUCCAAAGCUUUGCUAUCAGAAGAGGAUUUCUCCUGCCCUGUGUGCCGUAACAUCUACAGUGAUCCUGUUCUCCUGUCCUGUAGUCACAGUAUGUGUAAAGACUGUCUGCAGCAGUUCUGGAAAAACAAAGAUUCCAAGGAGUGUCCAGUUUGUAAGAGAAAAUCCUCAAGAGACCUGCCUCCACCUAACAUGGCUCUAAAGAACCUGUGUGAGACUUUCUUACAGAAAAGCUUUGAGGAAUCUUCAGUGGGAUCUGAGGAGACCUGCAGUCUCCACAGUGAGAAACUCAAACUCUUCUGUCUGGAGGAUAAACAGCUUGUGUGUGAGGCGUGUCAGACCUCAGAUAAACACAUAAAUCACAAAUUCUGUUCCAUUAAUGAAGCAGCUUGUGAAUACAGGGAGGAACUUCUGACUGCACUGAAGCCCUUACAGGACAAACUGAAGAUCUUUAAAGACAUGAAACAAAACUGGAAUAAAACAACAGACCAUAUUAAGAACCAGACUGCACACACAGAGUGGAAGAUUAAGGAGGAGUUUAAGAGGCUUCACCGGUUUCUACGAGAUGAAGAGACAGCCAGGAUAACUGCACUGAGAGAGGAAGAGGAGCAGAAGAGUCAGAUGAUGAAGGAGAAGAUUGCGGAGAUAAACAGUGAAAUAUCAUCUCUCUCACAGACGGUCAGAGCCAUAGAAAAUGUGAUAAGAAAUGAUGACACAUCACUCUUAAAGGUAAAAACCAAAACACACACAUUCUGUCUCCCUGAUCCAGAGACUGUUUCAGGAGCACUGAUCAGUGUGGCAAAGCACCUGGGCAACCUGAAGUUCAGAGUGUGGGAGAAGAUGCAGGACAUUGUUCAAUACACUCCUGUGAUUCUGGACCCCAACACUGCACCACCAGAUCUCAUCCUGUCUGAGGAUCUGACCAGUGUGAGAUUCAGUGAUGACAAACGGCAGAUUCCUAGUAAUCCAGAGAGAUUUGAUUGGUAUCCAUGUGUCCUGGGCUCUGAGGGCUUUAACUCAGGGACACACUGCUGGGAUGUUGAUGUUGGGAACAGUACAUUCUGGUCCUUGGGUGUGACCACAGAGUCAAACCAGACGAAAGAGGAAAAGACAUUCUUUGACACUGGUGUCUGCCGUGUUCGCUAUAAGAAUGGUCAGUGUGAGUCACAGGCCUUAGGUGGGUCACGGACUCCACUGACAGUGAAUAAUAAACUCCAGAGGAUCAGAGUGGAACUGGACUGGGACAGAGGAAAACUCUCAUUCUCUGAUCCUCUAAAUAACACACACCUGCACACCUUCACACACACUUUUACUGAGAGAAUGUUUCCAUUCUUCUACAGUCACUGUAAACUCUCUCCUCUGAGGGUCUUACCAGUGAAGUGUUGUGUAACAGUGGAACAACACAAUUAG